AUGGCAAACUAUAGAGGUUUUUUUCUUCGUUUCAAGGGCUUGUGCGCGCGUCGAAUGGAUGCAUCUCUCGUGAGGGAGCCAACCGUAGCUGUGCCAAAUGAGGAACCGCGCCCGGUAGAACAGACUGAGGUUGUAGAGCCCUCGACUACGGGAGAUGCUUCUCCAUCGUCGAUCGAUGUGCCGCUGUUGCCCAUCGAAAAUGCUCAGUCGCCCUCCUCCAUCGCUACAACACGCGAAUCAGAUGUCGAGGAGUUGAGGCUAAAAAACGACGCACCAUUGGUUACGGAGGAUGUGUAUGAUCCUCUCAUCAUGAAUUUUUCCCCGAAAAUCUCGCGCCUGCGUGCUGAGGCUGCAGAUAGUGAUACGUGCAAAAGUCCCACCAGGGAUGUCAACUCGAUCUCGCAGGCCGCAGCCACUUCCACAAGUUCCGGACAUACCGCAGAACAAGGGGUAUUCUGGUACGGUAUAACGCUGUUUAGCGAUGUUGGCAGUAAACCUAUGGCAGAGAGUGCGCAGAAAAAUCACGUUUCCGUUCUAGAUGACCGCAUCAAAACUCGCACCUCUCCCGAUUUCUCCCCGUCGAAGCUGGCAAAGUGCAGGUCUAGCCUACGAUACUAUGAUCUCAUGGGCCACCGUAUCAGUGAAGACUGGGCUGAUCUAAAUUCGCGGGUUUACGACGCAUUGCUGCAAUACUUCACCGGUUCAGAUCUUACAGCCGGUCAAAAGAUUUCUAAACAGUGGUCGGACAACGUCAGAUUGCUAAUGGGGAAAAAGACGGCGAAAAUCGUAGCUGCAUUUAAGGUAGCUUAUCAGGGGCAACUGGAUUUCGAAUCGUCAUACAUGAUUUGCCAAUCAGUAUUCACCGCACAGAAGGGCAUGCGUAUCGACCUCAUCAUCCGUGCGCGUGUUUUGGCUUGGUCAGUGAAUUCGAAGAACACGCUGCAGUAUACCUAUAGUUACAUUCCGCGGAGCACGUGUGAUGAUGUGGGAGCUCGGCAGCCAACGUACGCCAACAGGUUUGUCUUUGAGUGUUUGAGGCGAAAUACCCGACGAACGGUGUCUUUCAUGCGUGACGUAUCUUCGGUGCACGGCGAUGACCUGCAUGUGGCCACGGCGGAGUCCGUAAGUCAGGUUUGUGAGGGAGACUCAAUUGAAAUUCCGGUUGUGCUGAUGAACGCACUGGGAAACACCAAUGUAGAUAGCAUAAAGUUCCUGCCAAUGCGCAGGGAAGCAGUGGAGGGUGAACCUGCGUCGUCACUUGACAAGAUGCAUCGCGAGUGGUACACGGUUGGACCGAAUUCGCACUACCUACAACAACUAUUCCCGGCUGAUAUAGUAGCUUACAACUUGGUGCAGCCGGAGAAGCUGCAACCCGAGCUGGAGCAUCAAGUGACGCAGGUUGCUGGGAUAGAUGUGAUCACGUCGCGGUCCAGGUUUAUAGCGGCCAAGCCUGGACCCGUUACGGAGGCGCAAAACUUCAUUGGGCACACAAUGGAGGUCAUAGAUGCGCGUCAGCCUGUAGUAUGCAUGCUGCAGCGAUCUGGUGUACAAUGUGACCGAUUGUGCCAUGUACAGCUUCGAGUGGGCGACAAAGUUCGAUUUUACACAACGAAGGGAUAA